AUGAGUUUAUCAGAAGAAGAACAAAGGGUUGUAGCAAAUGGUGAUGACACGUCGGAUGGUGGUGGUUCCACCUGCUGUCGGGUUUCAAACCCGACUGAAAAUGCAGUGAGUUUUAAUCUUGAGAAGAAGAUUAAUAGUGAAAAGAAAAGGGGAGUCAAAAAUCAGAUUUCUAUGAGUAUUGGUAAUAAUGGUGCACAUGCACCACACAAGGUUUGUGCCAUGCCAACAUGGCUCGAGACGUGGGAGAGUCAAGACGCGUAUGCAGCUCUGGCUCUUAUUGGUGCUGCUGUCUCGGUUGCGGUCGCCUAUAACUGCUACAGACAAUUGGGUUGA